UCCCUGUGUUUUGAGACACAGCCUGUGUCUGUCACAGCUACUGUGUCACCACUGAGGUCGCUGUUAUUCCUGUGGACUUCAGUCUGAAGCCGGACACACUGAGAGGAAGGACAGCGGCUUUGGAAAAGGGAAUAUUUAACAUCGAGGGAAUCUGUCACCGCUAACCGGGACAGUUUGUCUGUUCUCUGUCCAUAAAGACAGCUGCUCUUACCGGACUUACAUAUAAUAGCUUCAGUGUAGUUGUGGGGUGCAAUGGAGGAUGGGAAGCCUGUGUGGGCGCCCCACCCAACCGAUGGGUUCCAGUUGGGCAUGAUAGUGGACAUCGGUGCGGAUGCGCUCACCAUAGAACCUCUCAAUCAGAGAGGAAAGACGUUCCUGGCUCCCAUCAGUCAAGUCUUUCCUGCUGAGGAUGAUGUAAACAAACAUGUCGAAGACAACUGUUCUCUUAUGUACUUGAAUGAGGCCACUCUUCUAAACAACAUCCGUGUCCGUUACAGCAAAGACUUGAUCUAUACUUUUGUGGCUAACAUCCUGAUUGCUGUCAACCCGUAUUUCGACAUCCCUAAACUCUACUCCCCAGAGUCCAUUAAGAGCUAUCAGAGACGCUCUUUGGGGACACUUCCCCCUCAUGUCUACGCUAUUGCUGAUAAAGCCUACAGAGACAUGAAGGUUCUGAAGAUGAGUCAGUCCAUCAUUGUGUCUGGUGAAUCUGGUGCUGGAAAAACAGAAAACACAAAGUUUGUUCUCAGGUAUUUAACCACAUCUUAUGGAACAGGUCAAGAUAUUGAUGAGAGGAUUGUUGAAGCCAACCCCUUGCUUGAAGCUUUUGGAAAUGCAAAGACGGUCAGGAACAACAACAGCAGUCGAUUUGGAAAGUUUGUGGAAAUUCAUUUUAAUGAGAAGAAUGCAGUUGUGGGCGGUUUUGUCUCUCACUAUCUGCUGGAGAAGUCUCGGAUUUGCAUGCAGAGUCCAGAGGAGCGAAACUAUCAUAUAUUUUACAGACUCUGCGCAGGGGCAUCAGAGGACAUCAGGAACAUGCUUCAUCUAAACUCUCCGGAAAACUUCCGGUAUUUGAAUCGCGGUUGCACCCGAUACUUUGCAAACAAGGACUCGGAUAAACAGAUCAUGCAAAACAGGAAAAGUCCUGAGCACGGGAAAGUGGGUGCUCUGAAGGACCCUCUGCUGGAUGACCUGGGAGACUUCAACAGGAUGGUGGCGGCCAUGAAGAAAAUCGGCCUGGAUGACACAGAGAAGCUCAAUCUCUUCAGAGUGGUGUCUGGCGUCCUUCAUCUCGGCAAUAUCGACUUUGAAGAGACAGGAAGCACCUCUGGUGGCUGCAUUUUGAAGAACCAGUCCAGUCAGACUUUGGAAUACUGUGCUGAGCUACUCGGCUUGGACCAGGACGACCUGAGAGUCAGCCUCACCACCAGGGUCAUGCUCACCACUGCAGGGGGCGCCAAAGGCACAGUCAUCAAGGUGCCUCUGAAGGUGGAACAGGCCAACAAUGCCCGCGAUGCUCUCGCCAAAGCCGUUUACAGCCGGCUCUUUGAUCAUGUGGUCAAACGGGUCAACCAGUGCUUUCCCUUUGAUACGUCCUCCAACUUCAUCGGCGUGCUGGACAUCGCUGGCUUUGAGUAUUUCGAGCACAACAGCUUUGAGCAGUUCUGCAUCAACUAUUGUAAUGAAAAGCUGCAGCAGUUUUUUAAUGAACGCAUACUGAAAGAGGAGCAAGAGCUGUAUCAGAAAGAAGGCCUGGGAGUGAAUGAAGUUCAUUAUGUUGAUAAUCAGGACUGCAUAGAUCUGGUUGAGGCAAAGCUGGUGGGUAUCUUGGAUAUUCUGGAUGAGGAGAACCGUCUUCCCCAGCCCAGUGAUCAGCAUUUUGCAGAGACAGUUCACAGCAAGCACAAAGAUCACUUCCGUCUCACUGUGCCCAGGAAGUCAAAGCUUACAAUCCACAGGAAUUUGAGAGAUGAUGAAGGUUUCAUCAUAAGACAUUUCGCUGGUGCUGUGUGCUAUGAGACUACCCAGUUUGUGGAGAAGAAUAAUGACGCCCUCCACAUGUCUUUGGAGAGCCUGGUGUGCGAGUCGAAGGACAAGUUUGUCCGGGAUCUCUUUGAGAACAACUCCAAUUCCAAGGACUCAAAACAGAAGGCUGGCAAACUCAGCUUUAUCAGUGUGGGAAACAAAUUCAAGACCCAACUGAACCUUUUACUGGAAAAGCUUCGCAGUACGAGGGCCGAUGGCCAGUCAGAAAUGUCAAGUUGUUCCGGAAUAUCCAUCCAUUCCUUCUAUCCUAGAAGAUUCUUGCAGGGCUCUAGUUUCAUCCGUUGUGUGAAGCCUAAUCUGAAGAUGGUGAGCCACCAGUUUGAAGGAGCUCAGAUUCUGUCUCAGCUGCAGUGCUCGGGCAUGGUAUCAGUGCUGGACCUGAUGCAGGGUGGCUUCCCUUCCCGAGCUCCUUUUCAUGAGCUUUACAACAUGUACAAGCAGUACAUGCCCAACAAGCUCACAAGGCUUGAUCCUCGACUCUUUUGCAAAGCUCUGUUUAAAGCACUGGGCCUCAACGAGAACGAUUACAAGUUUGGCUUGACCAGGGUUUUCUUCCGCCCCGGGAAGUUUGCAGAGUUCGACCAGAUCAUGAAGUCUGAUCCGGAACACCUGGCUGAGCUUGUAAAACGGGUCAAUAAGUGGUUGGUGUGCAGCCGCUGGAAGAAGGUCCAAUGGUGCACACUGUCAGUUAUUAAAUUGAAGAACAAAAUGAACUACAGGGCCAGUGCUUGCAUCAAGAUUCAGAAGACGGUUCGCAUGUGGCUGUGCAAAAGAAGACACAAGUCUCGCAUUGAUGGCCUGGUGAAGGUGAAAAAUUUGAGGAAGAGGAUGGAGAAGUUCACCGAGGCUGUGAAUGGACUCAAAGAGGGUAAACAGGAAAUGAGCAAACAGGUCGAGGAACUGGCCGCCUCCACAGACGCCCUCAUGGCCAAGAUCAAGUCCACGGUGAUGAGUCGCAAGGAGAUCGAGCAGGAAUAUGAGGGCCUGGUGAAACGCUCAGAGCAGCUCCUCUCCUCAAUGCAGAAGAAAAAGCAGGAGCAGGAGGAGACGGAGAGACUCAAGCGCAUCCAGGAGGAGAUGGAGAGAGAGCGGAAGAGACGUGAAGAGGAGGAGCAGUUACGCAAACAGGAGGAAGAAGACCGCCGCAUGAAAGCCGAGAUGGAGCAGAAGAGGAAACAGGAGGAAGAGGAGAGAAAGAAAAGAGAAGAGGAAGAGCGAGUCAUGCAGGCUGAACUUGAGAUGCAGCUGGCAUUGGAGCGAGAGGAAGAGACUCAGAGACAGACCAUGUUGGAGCAGGAAAGGAGGGACAGAGAACUGGCCAUGAGGAUCGCUCAGAGCGAGGCAGAACUCAUCCAGGAUGAAGCCCAAAUGGACCCCAGCUUGCGCAGUGAUAGUACCACAGGUGUUGGGUUCUUCACAGAGAUGGGUGCGCAGGUGCAGGCCAACAAGGUGGCAGCUGGGGUGAAGAAGUACGACCUGAGCAAGUGGAAGUACGCUGAGCUGCGAGACGCCAUCAACACCUCCUGUGAUAUAGAGUUGCUGGCGGCGUGUCGAGAAGAAUUUCAUCGUCGUCUGAAGGUGUACCAUGCCUGGAAAUCAAAGAACAAGAAACGAAAUACAGACACAGAGAUGAGGGCUCCCAAAUCGGUCACUGACUAUGCCCAGCAGAACCCCGCUCCACCCGUCCCAGCCCGGCAGCAAGAGAUCGCAAUGAACCGACAGCAACGUUACUUCCGCAUUCCCUUCAUAAGGCCUGCGGAUCAGUACAAAGACCCUCAGAACAAGAAAAAAGGCUGGUGGUACGCUCACUUUGAUGGGCCCUGGAUCGCCAGGCAGAUGGAGCUUCAUCCAGACAAGCAGCCGAUCCUCUUGGUAGCAGGUAAGGACGACAUGGAGAUGUGUGAGCUCAGCCUGGAGGAGACCGGGCUCACACGAAAACGUGGAGCAGAGAUCCUCCCCCGACAGUUUGAGGAGAUCUGGGAGCGCUGCGGCGGAAUUCAAUACCUUAGGAACGCCAUCGAAAGCAAGCAGGCCCGACCCACCUACGCGACCGCCAUGCUCCAGAACCUUCUCAAGUGAACAUCCUCCUGGUUCACGUUAUCUAUGCACGUGUAGAUGUAGAUGGUAACGUGGUGUAACUAAAACAAAGGGCUGCACAACUCUGUCCAAUUUACAUUUUGUUUGUAGUUUGUUCUUCAUUUUGCUGUGAACUUAGAAACCAGUUUUCAUACAAUUCUGAGCCUUUCUUGAAACUGUUGCUCAGAGAUGCCUUAAGAUUUUCAGGCCUAACUCGUAUCUCAUUUGUUAGGAAUGUUAUUAAAACGUCACACUCACGUAAACCUGCUCAUGAAUCUAAAAUACACUAGGUGUAAUCUUUAUAAAAGGACACAUUUCAGUGUGUAGCGAGAUCUGUAAUGGUUAUGUGUGUCAUUUGUGUUAAAAUAAGAUAACAAUGAUCAGACAUUCCCUUAAAAAUAGCAAUCUAACAUUGCUCCAUGUUCAGCCUGAGCAACAUUGGCUCAACCACUAUUGGGCUAUCUGUUUGACAAAUGGUAGGUGUUCAGGACUUUUUCCCCAGUUCUACUGGCUAAUGCCGCAGAAACAACACACACUUCACCUUUUAAAUGAUUAGUUCACUUCAGAAUUAAGAUUCCCUGAUAAUUUACUCACCCUCAUAUCCUCCAAGAUGUUUAUGUCUUUCUUUCUUCAGUCGUUUUUGAGGAAAACAUUCCAUCAUUUUUCUCUAUAUAGUGGACUUCAACAGUUACCAACGGGUUGAAGGUCCAAAUUUCAGUUUCAAAGGGCUCUACACUGCAAAAAAUGCUUUGCUUACUUAGAUUUUUAGUCUUGUUUCCAGUCAAAAUAUCUAAAAAUUCUUAAAUCAAGAAGCAUUUUCUAGACAGGUAAAAAUUGUCUUGUUUUCAGAAAAAAUAAGUCAAAAUUAAGUGAGUUUUUCCUUAAAACAAUCAAAAUAAUCUGCCAAUGGGGUAAGCAAAAUAAUCUUAUUUUUGGUUAGAAAUAAGAUUAUUUUGCUUACCCCACUGGCAGAUUAUUUAGCUUUUUAGAUUAUUUUAGAUUAUUUUGAUUAUUUUGACUUAUUUUUUCUGAAAACAAGACAAUUUUUACUUGACUAGAAAAUGCUUCUUGAUUUAAGAAUUUUUAGAUAUUUGGACUAGAAACAAGAAAAAAAACUCUAAGAAAAGCAGUUUUUGCAGUGUACACGAUUCCAGCUGAGAAUUAAGUCUUAUUUAGCAAAACGAUCGGCCAUUUUCUAAAAAAAAGUCAAAUUUAUAUACUUUUUAACCACAAAUGCUUGUCUUGCGAAGCGGCACGCAUUACGUAAUCACGUUGGAAAGGUCACGCGUGACGUAGGCGGAAGUACCGCGGUAGAGCGAAAAACUCCAUCUUAUUUUCUUCUCCUACUUCAAAAUCGUCAGACAUUGUUGUUUUAUCUUUUUUUGUAAAGGAAAUUUGACUUGGUCUUUGCACGUUCGCUUUGCAAACACUUGCUCAGUACUUCCGCCUACAUCACGCUUAACCUUUCCAACGUGAUUACAUAAUGCGUGGCGCAUCACAGAGCAGUGCAAGACGAGCAUUUGUGGUUAAAAAGUAUAUAAAUUUUAUUUAUUUUUUUUAGAAAAUGACCAAUCGUUUCACUAGAUAAGACCCUUAUUCCUCAUCUGGGAUCAUGUAGAGCCGUUUGAAGCUGCACUGAAACUGACAUUUGGACCUUCAACCCGUUGGUAACUGUUGAAGUCCACUAUAUGGAGAAAAAUCCUGGAAUGUUUUCCUCAAAAACCUUCAUUUUUUUUUUACUGAAGAAAGACACAUACAUCUUGGAUGACAUGGGGGUGAGUAAAUUAUCAGGAAAUUUUAAUUCUGAAGUGAACGAAUCCUUUAAAUGGUCAUUAUUGUGGAGCAACAUUUAAUAUUUUAAUACAUUGAAUAACUAGUCAAAGUAUCCUUAAUCUAAUCUAAUGAUGGUGGUAAAGGCUAAUGAGGAACAUGCACUGGAAUACAUUAGGUUGCAAUAUUUUGUCUCACCUUUGUAAAUGUGGUAAUAACAGCACAGUGUCGUUUCAAAGACACGCACCAUCUGAAAUUGCCUUUACAUAUAGUUGAUAAUGAAUUUUUUAGAUGCAUUUAAAAGCAGCUUCAGUUCAUAAAAAGGAUAGUCACGGCUGUCAUGCAUGGUUUCGCUCAGCAAUUUUGUACUUAAAUCAUGGUGAUAUGCUAAAGGGCAUAUUCAUUUCUGUUCAGUGAAGUGAUAAUGGCACCUUUGUUAAUGAUUUGCUGUGAAUUCUGUCGGCGUGUGUGGUAGAUUUCUCUCAUUUUUACAUUUACGUACCAACUCAAGGAAAUAUUCAGUUUAAAUGAGCUUGUACUAUGGAGUGUCUCGUUAUGCGCCUCUUUUUAUCUCAUUUGCUCAUAACUGCCUGAAGAACAGAAGUAAUGAGAACAUUGGAAACAUUUCGAAAGCUUGGCACAGACCGAAUUGCUGCAUCAAUUUGCUGUCAUUUUCCAGACUUUGUUUAUUCAUGUGCUAAUGUUUUUCUCCAUUGAGCCCUGAAAUAGUGUCAUCUCAAACUAUCGAUUUAUGAAUAUUAUACUUGUUAAUUAUUUGUUUCUUGUCUGUCAAUUUAUCUUUGAUGUGUCUGGGUUAAAUAUACUCUGAUUUUCUUAUUCUGGCCACUGUUGCUUUCUUCACUUUACUUGACCAAAAUAAACACAUCCUAUAUAAACGUG